AUGCGUAUUUUCCAUAAAGAAGCCAAGGACAAGAUGAAUGAGCCACCACACCAGGGCCCGACUAGGAAGACCACGACCACUCAGGUCAAGAAACGCCGGCUCUAUACCCGCAAUCGGACUGGCUGCUCCGAGUGUCGUAGUCGUCGGGUGAAAUGUGAUGAGCAGCGUCCCAAUUGUCAGAAUUGCAUCAAGAAACAGUUAUCCUGUCACUAUCUCCCUCCCAGAAUUCCUCUCCGCGAACAGAGAGUCCUGGACCGUGCUGGGGAGAAACAGCCCUGGAAUUCUGCUCCCUGGAAUAUUUCACAGACUGAGAAAGAGUUGCCCAAAACGACCUCUUUAACCCACCAACUAAUCGUUUCUGGUUCCGCAAAUACUUUUAACUGUGUAGCCAUCGACAUGCCAUUCAGGUCAAAAGAACUUUUCUCGUAUUUUUACCAUGCAGGUCUCAUCUACAAUGUAUGUCCAUCGGGCAAAGUUAAAGACUGUCUGGCAUACAUUAUAUCGGAUCCUGAGGCCCUCCAAAAUGCCGUCCUGAUAGCAGGCACUCAUUUCCUUUUCAACAUCGGUAGCCUUGAAGCAUUUGAACCUACCUUUCUGUUUCAUAAAAUUGAAACCAUACGCAGAGUGAAGGAGUGGAUCUCUGGAAACAAUUGCACGCCAGCAACCGCCAUUAUUCGAAAAAUCACUACCUUGGCUUAUACAGAGGUCUGCCGAGGUGAAUUGUUAUUGGCAGAAUCACACUUGAGCGUCAUCUACGCCAUUUCGAAAUCCACAAACCACGAAAUGACUGUCAAACGCAAGACGCUUGACCAAGAACUUUCAGACAGAUACUUCUUACUAACCUCUACCUUUAUUCACGGGUUUAAAAUUGUUAUCGAUGGCAUCCUCCGCUGGCAAGGUUCGACCAAAAAUGCAACCAAUCUCUCUUCUUCCGAAUCGGUUCGUACUAUGCAUGAAUGGCACAAAACAGAUGAGGGUCGCUUCUCGCACAGUCUCAAGCUUAGGGCGUUUCGGAUGCUCCCAGCCUUCUUCCAUCCGCCAGAAAGCGGAGCGCAACUGGAGGACGUUGAUAUUAUUCCUUACAUCCAGGGCUUCCGCAAAGUGACGGAAACCUUUUGUAGCGGUCUAUACACCUUUUCUGGCAAGCAUUUGAAUUCCCGAGCAGAUGAGUUCUGGAGACUAGGACCGGCUUCGGUGCUUUACGAUGUUGUUAUCGAGGCACACUUGGACUCCAUCUCAUACAACAAAGAUGAAGAACCAGAUGCUGAAAACUUGAAUCCUACGGCUUCAUGGUGCGGAUUGAUCAUCUCUGCACAACUGUACCUGGAGCAUGUAGUCGCCGUUUGGCAAGAUUUCAAAAAGGAAAUCUAUAUCUAUACGAUAUAUCUUUUUCAACGCGAACUCCGUUUUGCUCUCAGUAGCCCACAAGCGCCACAGGUUGCCAAACUACUGUUCUGGGAGUCAAUACUAGGCUUAAUCAGUAUCGAGUCUUAUGAGAAGAAAGGAGUUUUAGAUCAGGAUCCAGGUUUAAGAUUAUACUUUGAGGCUAUUGUGAAAACCCAGAGCCAGACGCUGGGAACAUCUACUUGGGAUGAUGUGAGGAGCAACUUAGCACAUAUUGCAUGGCCUUCUAAGUUUCCAGGGGACAGCUAUGUGAAGGGUAUAUGGGAAAAGGCUAUGGCAUCUGGAAGUGCUCAAAGGGAAACGUCAUAA